CGCCGUGCUCUUUGCCCAAAAUCUACCAUGGCCAGUACAUGUCUGGAUACAGGGCAGGACUCACUAUUGCAAACGGAUCUUCAGUAACCUUCCAAUGUGAGGAAGACUACGGGCCUUCAAGUGCGCAACCAUUAGAGUGCUUGCUGGGUGAACUGCACCCUCGAAGCCCGACUUGCCGCAAGGAAGGCGAUCUCAUCCCAGAAACGCACUAUUUGGGCGGAAAAGACAUCGUAAAGGGCGGAGACAUUACUGUAAUUGAGUAUGGACGCUCCAAUGGGAAACCUUGCGGUCCUCCCGCCAAGGUUCGAGCCUCAUUAGUUUACCAAAACGGAAUCCCGUUGCUCGAUGAUGAAAACAAUUUCCCGGAUGGAAGCGAAGUGAGUUUCAACUGCAUCGAGGGUCUGAUGGGGGAGCGAACCACUUGGAAAAUAGUCUGUGAGGAUGGCAGCUGGAUAGGCCGCUCCUUAAAUUGCGAAGCUGAGGAAAUCAUGGCAUCGCAAACCAUCAUCAACAACAGCACCUGCGUGUUCAGGAACCAGGAACCCAACGUGAUUUCGUUUUACAACGACCAGCAAAUCAGGGAGGCGAUAGUGGAUUUUCCUGCGGGAGCAAUUUUGGUGUCCAGAUGUGUGGAUAUUGGCAAAUACGCAAUGGCUGGCCCCCGGCGGAGACGAUGCAUGGGAGGAGAGUGGGACGGCCCCAAACCAGCCUGCUUCGGCCUCAACCAGGAAAACGACUAUUCCAUGGAAAAACCGCCCACGAUCCUAUUCCGGCAUGAAAAGGGGCCGAUCGCUCAGUCAAAUGAUGGGAAGCUCAUAGUCUAUCCAGGCACCAUUCUCCACAUGGAGUGUUUAUGGAUCAAGCGAUUUGGGAAUCCCAAAUGGAACGUUAGUCAUGAAUAUAGGGAAUACCUGCAGGGGUGGACCACCGACGUAGGCAGGGACUCUCAGCUGGAAUACAGACUGUCGAUCAUCCAUGCUACCGAAAACGAUUCUGGAAUAUUCACCUGCACUACGCCUGCUCGAUAUGAUCAUGCCAUUGAAGUGGUGGUCAAAGCUGUUCAUUGUCCAAAUUUACCUCAAAGGCGUGCAUUAAAUGCAAGCACCCACAGCACCAAAAUGAACAGCAUCAUCCAGUUCGGCUGCAAUGAUGGCAAUUCUUUGAUUGGUGCUCCGGAGGUCACCUGUUUGCCCUCUGGAAACUGGAGCGCGCCAUUUCCCAUAUGCGAAAGUAUAGAAUGUGGAGACGUCGGCUUCAAUCUGAGUCCUCACUUGAACGUGGAAGUGAUUUCCCGAAAAGUGGGCGGAGUCGCAAGAUUCACUUGUGAUAAUGGAUUCGAUGUUCGAGGCCCCAACGAAACAGUUUGCCAGCCAAGCGGCGAUUGGGCAAGCCCUUUCCCAACUUGCAAAGAAAUCAGGUGCGACGAGCCGAAAAUGCCGGAGAACGGCUUCAUCCAGGGAUCCGGCCCGUACAGAGCUGGAGAUACGAUCCAGUUCAGUUGCAAUCCCGACUACAUGAUAGAAGGACAGUACGUUAUCGCGUGUCUGCAAAACUCCAAUUGGAGCGGCCCAAUUCCCAAGUGUCUUCCGGCUUGUUCGUAUCCGGGAACGACGAUCAGCGGCCGCAUGUCUUCAGUAAACUACUUCUAUAAAAUAGGGGAUAACAUAACGUUCACAUGCGAAGAAGGGCUGAUAAUGCGAGGCGCUGCUAUGCUCAAAUGCUUGAAGAAUGGAAAAUGGUCGAACGCGAUCCCAACCUGCCUUAGCCCAGAUGGGGUCAGAAAGCGAGAAGCCUCCAAGUUUCAACUCAAAUAACUCCGGAAGAUACUCAUAAUAGUGAAUCUACUGAAUUACUGUAGAUUUUACAUCAACUCUUGGUGUUGUUCAGAGUUCAAGGGAAGAUGCUCAACUUUACAAUCUUCCCCACAAAUAUCAUUAGAAUUAGGCCUAGUUUGUACAUUUUUAACUGCGAGUAUUUGCCUAGAGUAGUCAUGUUGCUGUAUAGAGACACUAUACUAUGCAGAAUAUCAAAACAAGUAAACUAGAGAAUAUUUUGUUAGGCUUCAAUUUCCGCAAGUUUUCGUGUUGUGCACCCCUGAUUGGGGUUCGUUACCAAAUUUUCUGCUCUUACUCACGAAAGUUGCUGUUUAUUUUUAAAAAUCUUGUUCAAUAAACGACUUCCACCAG